AGGGUUGCUGUGGAGGUCCACCGCAGGCUCAAAGCAAAGGAGGGUGUCUCUGCUGAACCCACCUCAGAGAACUUCUGCGGAGGGUUCAGAGCAAAACACAUCUCUAUCGCUAAGGCUGUCCGCAAAGACUCACACACCAAGAGGCUCAUCAACGAUGCCAUCAUGAACAAUGACUUCCUGAAGAAGCUGGAGCCACAGCACAUGAGGGAGAUGGUGGACUGUAUGUACGAGAAGGUUUACACCGAGGGACAGGUGGUCAUUCAGGAGGGGGAACCCGGAAACUACCUUUAUGUACUGGCAGAGGGCUUGCUGGAGGUCAUCCAGAAUGGGAAGCUGCUGGGAGAGAUGCGUCCUGGCACAGCGUUUGGAGAACUGGCCAUACUGUACAACUGUAAGAGAACAGCCACUGUUAAAGCUGUGUCCCAGUCUCACAUCUGGGCACUGGACCGCCAGACAUUCCAGACCAUUAUGAUGCGGACCACACAGGCCAGACAUGAGGAGUACUUCAGCUUCCUGCGCAGUGUGUCUCUGCUUAGAGGACUGCCUGAGGAGAAACUCGCCAAGAUUGUGGAUUGUCUUGAAGUAGACUAUUUUGAAAAAGGAGAGCACAUUAUCCGAGAGGGUGAAGAAGGGAACACUUUCUUUAUUAUCGCAAAAGGAGAGGUCAUAGUCACUCAGAGCACAGAGGGGUUUGCUGAACCACAGGAAAUCAAGACACUGGGAGUCGGAGACUAUUUUGGAGAGAAAGCUCUCAUCAGCGAGGAUGUUCGCUCAGCUAACAUCAUCUGCAGUGAGAAUGACACACACUGCCUGGUGGUGGACAGAGACAAUUUCAACCAAAUGGUGGGAACUUAUGAGGAGCUUCAGGCCUACCUGAAGGAAUACGUGGAAGAGCUUUCCAGGAGUGAUGAGAGGAGAAAUGCCCUGCCCCACUCACCUCAGAUUGACUCUGCAGAGGCCCAUGAGCUAAGGAGGCUGAGGGAGAGGAUUGCUCUCCUGCCUCCGAACCAACCUUUCCAGGAGCUCAAGGUCAUAGCUACACUGGGCAUGGGAGGAUUUGGAAGAGUGGAGCUGGUAAAGCUGAAGGACGAGGACAUAACGUUUGCUCUGAAGUGCAUUAAGAAGAAGCAUAUUGUGGACACCAGACAGCAGGAGCACAUCUACUCUGAGAAAAACAUCCUUCAGCAAACAAACUCAGCUUUUAUCAUCAGGUUAUACCGAACAUUUCGGGAUGAUAAGUUUGUCUACAUGCUGCUAGAGGUGUGUCUUGGUGGAGAGCUGUGGACUGUGCUGCGGGACAUGAGUUAUUUUGAUGAUCCCACAGCCAGGUUCUGUACUGGUUGUGUCUUAGAGGCCUUUGACUACCUCCACACAAUGGGCAUCGUCUACAGAGACUUGAAACCUGAAAACCUUUUACUGGAUGCUGAGGGCUAUGUGAAAAUGGCAGACUUUGGCUUUGCUAAAAAGAUCGGCCUCGGAAAGAAGACCUGGACAUUCUGUGGGACUCCCGAGUAUGUGGCCCCAGAGGUCAUCAUGAACAAAGGCCAUGACUUUGGAGCUGAUUGCUGGUCCUUGGGAAUCCUCAUAUUUGAACUUCUCACUGGCAACCCACCCUUUGCUGGCUCAGAUCCCAUAAAGAUUUACACCAUGGUCCUCCAUGGCAUUGAGAAGGUGGACUUCCCCAAGAAGAUAGGCAAGCGUCCGGACGACCUCAUCAGGAGACUCUGCAAGCUAAACCCAGUAGAGAGGUUGGGAAAUAAAAAGAAUGGCAUCAUUGACAUCAAGAAACACAAGUGGUUCCAAGGCUUCAACUGGGAAGGUUUGAGGUAUCACAAGCUGCUUUCUCCACUGAGGAGAGAGCUGAAGGGGCCAAUGGAUCACAGUCACUUUGACAUUUUUCCUCCUGACACCGAGGAGCCUCCCGAUGAGCUGUCUGGCUGGGAUAAAGACUUUUGAGGACUCUGAUUGUACAGAAUCUAAGCACCAGCAGUGGAUCUGGCCCAUGAAGAUGCAGUAGCUUAAGCAAGCUAACUCCUAAAGCUUUCCACUCUCACAGCGUUUACUGGAGUUUAAAGGGAGAGUGAACAGGUAACUGCUGCGCUCAUCCUGCCAGAUUUACAGACUUUUUUUUUUUAACUUUUACUGUAAAAACUUUGUUACAUUCAAACAUAUGAGGCAGAGAUAGACUGUCAAAAGCUUUUUGUAGCAUGGUCCCCUUUUAGGUAUAAAAGAGAGGCUGUGUUUGCAGCUGCAUGUCAAAUACACUGAAAUUCUUGUAUUCCACCGAGUGUGGUAGUAGCACAUUCCAUCAGUUCAGCCCUGAGCAACAUGGGUGACUGUGUGGCAGAUAAAUCUUAACUUGCAGCCUCUUCCCAUAAGCAAAACAAGGAAGUACUUCCUUUUGUUUUCACAGUAUUUUACAAACCAAUAUAAUUCAGAUAUAUGCCAUGAAAAGGCUACAGUGGGACCAAAUAUGUCAUUGUUAUGUGCUGUUUGGGAGGCGUGUGAAACAAUCAAUCUGAGGUUUAUAUGCCAACUGAAAAUGCAGGCCACUGCUUGGGCCUCGAACAACACACUGAACUGCAUCGUACUGUUUUGUUUUGCGCAUUGUGUUCUUUUAUUUUUCUUCAUUGUCUUAUUUAAUCCUUAUUUAUUUUCCUGGACAGCUCUACCAACCCGCUUUCACUCCGUAGUCGUCACAUACUGCAGCUUGGUCAUUGGCCCUCUGAUUCAAAAUAUGAUGCUGUAAAUAUCCCUCUGGCUUCAUUUCUGGAUGCACCCACCAUCAAGGACAAGUAAGGUAGUAUAAAGAGCGAGACAGUCCUCAUAUGGAGAUGAUGGGCAACCAAACAUAGGACUUUAACCCGAUGUUAAUGUCUUGUGUGAAAAGUAAAUAAUUUAUUAUAAGUAAUGUAUGUAAGUUACCUAAAGUACGUAGGUAGGUAAGUUACAUUUUAUCCAUGCCCAUUUCUCCUGUUCAGGCUAUUUUAUUUCAGUCAGGACCACUUUUGUCAAAAUAUCUUUUAUUCCAAAGCAGAAUAUUACAUUUGGCAGUAUGGCUCUGUUCUGGGACCUCCUUGUCCUUCCACGUGCCUACGUGGAAAACCUUAAGGCAGGGAGAGCACACCUCCCUGCCCUUCCAUGUG